CAUUUUCUUCCCAAACACACACUCAACAAUUUCUUAUUAGAAAUACAGCACUAAAAUCUAAGAACAAAAAUGGCUGUGAAAAUUAACUUUCAAAUGCUGUCUGUACUUUAUUUGUUUUUUGUUGGAUCAGAAUGCAGGGGAAUUAAUCAUAUAGAAAAAAAAGUAAACAUUUUAGAACAGAAAUUUGGGAUUCAGACAUAUGAAAAUACGUUGAUGAAACAAGAAAUAAAUAAUUUAAAAACCACAGUAAGGGAGAUAGCGGAGAAUAUCACAGAUUGGAAUAUAACUGACAAGACUAACAGAAAUAGUGAUUGUGACGAUAAAACAGUGGAUAUGUCUGAGGUAAACCAGAAACUCAGUGAUGUGGUACAAGUAACAAAGUCCUUGUUGUAUGCUUUCAAUGCUGAAAAACAAGAACGUAUCAAAGUUACUGCAGAGCUUGAAACUCUGAGAAAAACAGAACAGGAUGCUAAAACUGAAGUAAAGACACUUAAAGAAAAUCUGGAAGUUAUUCAAGAGAACCUGAAAACACAGGAAGACAUGCACAGAGAAGAAAUGGAGCAAAUGCAAAAGAAAAUAGAUGAUAUAACAGCUUAUAAAGAAACAAUGGAAGAGUUGCUUAUUGAACAAAAGGUUUUAAAUAAUGAAAAGUCAAUUUCUAAACUUGCAAUUGAGUGUGACAGAGCUGUCAACACAAUGGAAACAAAAUAUGAAUCUGUUGUUACAAGUAUUACAGGAGUAGCCGAGAGCUUGAAAUUGCAACAGAUCGCAUUUUCUGCCAGGCUCGCUUCCCACAUUGAAAACCUGGACCCGUGGCAAACCGCUGUGUUUAAUCAAGUUAUAACUAACACAGGAAAUGCAUAUUCUGGACAGACUGGAAUCUUCACUUCUCCGGUACCUGGUGUUUACGUGUUCUACACACACAUUUUGGCAAGUGAUCGCAACCUAGAAAUGUGUUUGCAAAGAAAUGGUCGCAAUGUGUUAUGGCUGUAUGUUAAUGGGAAAGGACAUGGAGGUGACAGUAACAUGAUCGUGUUACACCUUAAUAAAGGCGAUGAAAUUAAGGUAGUCAAACAUGGACCAUAUGGAAGUCGGCCAUUCUAUGUGCAUCAUGUAUGGAGUACAUUCUCUGGCUAUAUACUUUAUCCAACAACUGGGUGAAAACAAAAACAAACAUAUUCUGACACUGUAUAGAAAAUACCAAAUUUUACUGCAUAAACUGACAUGGUGACUCUUUUAUACUAUCAUACUAUGUGUCAAAGACAAUACACAAGAAUGUAAUUUUCUAUUAUUCAUUUACAACCAUUCUGUCAAAAGCAAAAUGAUUAUAGAUACAAGCUACAAUGUAUAAAUAUGUACAAAACACAGCUUUUCAUAACAUUAAAGAAUUGCUGAGUGGCUGA